UCCGCCUCCGCGCGCCCGGGGGCCCCGUCGCCCCCCGAGCGAGGGCGGCCCGCCCGCGGCGGCUCGCCGAGUGACAGAUGCUCAUCGCCAUGGAGUUGCCGCAGCAGCACCUUCGGGGGCUCGGGCGAGCGACAGGAGCCGGGAUCUGAGCGAGCGCCGGGGCCAGCGGAGCCGGAGGUCUCCGGGACGUGGUUGCAGAUCUGAUCUCUCCUGAACAACCUUACCGUGUCUCCAUCCCUGGGACUCUGAACCCAGCAGCUGGACCACUUUGUCGUUGGAAUUUGAGGUGCCCUCUCUCCUCACUCCUCACCUUCCCCUUCUCCCUUUCCCCCCUCCCCCUCCUGAGAACCCCUGAAGACUGUAGGAUUGUCAUGGAGUCCAGGGAAAUCUUAAGCAGCUCCCGGCAAAGGGGGAGCGAGUCGGAAUUCCUGCCAGUCUCCUCGGCCAAGCCCCCGACUGCUCCUGGCUGUGCAGGGGAACCGUUGCUCUCUGCUCCAGAAACUGGGAAGGGGAUCCCAGGAGGCGGAGAACGCAUGGAGCCAGAGGAGGAGGACGAACUGGGCUCAGGGCGGGAUGUGGAUUCCAACUCCAAUGCGGACAGUGAGAAAUGGGUGGCAGGAGAUGGCCUCGAAGAACAGGAGUUUUCUAUCAAGGAGGCCAACUUCACAGAGGGGAGUCUGAAGCUGAAGAUUCAGACCACAAAGCGGGCCAAGAAACCCCCUAAAAAUCUGGAGAACUAUAUAUGCCCACCUGAGAUCAAGAUCACCAUCAAGCAGUCUGGGGACCAGAAGGUGUCCCGUGCUGGGAAAAAUAGCAAAGGCGCGAAGGAGGAGGAAAGAAGCCACUCCAAAAAGAAGCUCCUCACAGCCAGUGACCUUGCAGCCAGCGACCUCAAAGGAUUUCAGCCACAGGCUUAUGAGCGGCCACAGAAACACUCAGCUCUCCAUUACGACCCAGGCCUUCCACAGGACUUCACCGGUGACACCUUAAAACCAAAGCACCAGCAAAAAAGCAGCAGCCAGAACCACAUGGACUGGUCCGCCAGCUCCGACAAUGGACCUGCCACUCAGAAUUGCUUCAUCAGUCCAGAGUCUGGCAGAGAAACUGCGAACACCAGCAAGACCCCAGCUCUUGAACCCAUGGCCUCCUUUGCAAAGGCCCAGGGUAAGAAGGGCAGUGCAGGGAGCACGUGGAGUCAGCUGUCCAGCAGCAGCAAAGACCUGCUCUUGGGAGGUGUGGUUCCAUCUCCAAGCAGCCACAGCUCACCAGCCCCGCCCAGCAGCUCUGCCGAGUGCAGUGGGCUUCAGCCCUUGGUAGAGCAGGAUGGAGGAGGUGCCAAGGAGCCCCUGGAACCACCUGCUAUAGGCAGCAAGAAAAAGUCCAGUAAAAAAGAUGUGAUAAGUCAAACCAUACCAAACUCAGACCUUGACUGGGUCAAGAAUGCUCAGAAAGCAUUCGACAGUACAGAAGGGAGAAGGGAAGGCUACUCUGCCGAUAAUGCCCAAGAAGCAUCACCAGCCAGGCAGAAUGUGAGCUCCGUCAGUAAUCCUGACAGCGACUCAAGCCAUGUCCGGAUUACUAUCCCUAUCAAGGCGCCCUGUCUAGAUCCAAGCAGCCAUAAGAGGAAAAAGAGACAGUCCAUCAAAGCAGUGGUGGAAAAGAUCAUGCCAGAGAAAGCCCUGGCUUCCGGAAUCACCAUGAGCAGUGAAGUGGUCAAUAGGAUACUCUCCAACCCUGAAGGAAAUAAGAAAGACCCCCGCAUCCCUAAGUUGGGGAAAAUGCUAGAGAGCGAGCCCCCCUCAGGUGGCCUUGAGGCGGGUGGGAAUGCCGAGAAAGUUGUCCCGGGAGGUGUCUCUAAGCAGCGGAAGCCGCCCAUAGUCAUGACGCCUCCGACAUGCACUGAUCACUCUCCAAGAAAGCUGCCGGAAAUCCAACACCCCAAGUUCGCUGCAAAACGGAGGUGGGCGUGCAGCAAGCCCAAACCCACCAGUCUGCUCCGGGAGGCAGUCACGGCCACCUCCGACAAACUGAUGGUGGAACCGCCAUCCGCUUACCCCAUCACCCCAUCCAGCCCUCUGUACACCAACACAGACAGUCUUACUGUGAUCACACCGGUCAAAAAGAAGCGGGGGCGACCAAAGAAGCAGCCGUUGCUCACGGUUGAGACGAUUCACGAGGGGACCUCCACCAGUCCAGUCAGUCCCAUCAGCCGGGAGUUCCCCGGCACCAAGAAAAGGAAGAGACGACGCAGCUUAGCUAAGCUGGCCCAGCUGGUGCCAGGAGAGGACAAACCCAUGAGCGAGAUGAAAUUUCACAAAAAAGUCGGAAAGCUUGGGGUGUUGGACAAGAAGACCAUCAAAACCAUCAACAAGAUGAAGACACUCAAGAGGAAGAACAUCUUGAACCAGAUCUUGUCCUGCUCCAGCAGCAUCGCCCUGAAGGCCAAGGCUCCCCCGGAGACCAGCCCUGGGGCCGCGGCCAUCGAGAGCAAACUGGGCAAGCAGAUCAACGUCAGCAAGAGGGGAACCAUCUACAUUGGCAAGAAGAGGGGCCGGAAGCCCAGGGCAGAGCUGCCACCCCCAUCCGAAGAACCCAAAACAGCCAUCAAGCACCCGAGGCCUGUUUCUAGCCAGCCGGAUGUUCCCACUGUGCCUUCCAACUUCCAGUCACUCGUGGCGUCUUCACCAGCAGCUAUGCACCCACUUUCAACACAGUUAGGUGGGUCCACUGGCAACCUGAGCCCCGCCAGCACUGAAACCAAUUUUUCAGAGUUGAAAACUAUGCCAAAUCUCCAGCCCAUCAGUGCUCUUCCAACCAAAACCCCAAAGGGGAUCCACAGCGGGACCUGGAAGCUGUCUCCACCCAGGCUGAUGGCCAACUCCCCCUCGCACCUGUGCGAGAUCGGGUCACUCAAGGAAAUCACGCUGUCCCCUGUGAGCGAGUCCCACAGCGAGGAGACGAUCCCCAGUGACAGUGGCAUUGGGACAGACAACAACAGCACCUCCGACCAAGCAGAGAAGAGCUCGGAGUCCCGGCGGAGGUACUCGUUCGACUUCUGCUCCUUGGACAACCCGGAGGCCAUCCCGUCAGACACCAGCACAAAGAACCGGCAUGGCCACCGGCAGAAGCAUCUCAUCGUGGACAACUUCCUGGCCCACGAAAGCCUCAAGAAGCCAAAGCACAAGAGGAAGCGGAAAAGCCUGCAGAACCGGGACGACCUGCAGUUCCGGGCCGACCUGGAGGAGCUGGUCACCAAGUUCCAGGUGCUCCGGAUCUCCCACCGGAGCUACACCUUUUACCAUGAGAACCCGUACCCCAGCAUCUUUCGGAUUAAUUUUGAUCACUACUACCCGGUGCCAUAUAUCCAGUAUGACCCGUUGCUCUAUCUUCGUAGGACUUCAGACCUGAAGUCAAAGAAGAAGCGUGGUAGGCCUGCAAAAACCAAUGACACCAUGACAAAGGUGCCUUUUUUACAAGGGUUCAGCUACCCUAUUCCCAGUGGAAGUUACUAUGCACCCUAUGGAAUGCCUUACACUUCAAUGCCUAUGAUGAACCUUGGUUAUUACAGUCAGUACCCAGCUCCCUUGUACCUGUCACACACGCUCGGGGCAGCCUCCCCGUUCAUGAGGCCAACAGUGCCACCACCUCAGUUCCACACGAGCUCCCACGUGAAGAUGUCUGGUACAGCCAAGCAUAAAGCGAAGCACGGGGUACACCUGCAGGGACCCGUGGGCAUGGGCCUCGGCGACAUGCAGCCGUCCCUGAACCCUCCCAAGGUGGGCAGCGCCAGCCUGUCGGGCGGUCGGCUCCACAGGAGGAAACACAAACACAAGCACAAGCACAAGGAAGACCGGAUCCUGGGGACCCACGACAACCUGAGCGGUCUCUUUGCGGGCAAAGCCACAGGCUUCGCCAGCCACAUCCUGAGCGAGCGGCUGAGCAGCGCCGACAAGGAGCUGUCGCUGGUGAGUGAGAAGGGCAAGCAUAAGGAGAGGCAGAAGCAGCAGCAUGGCGAGGCCGGCCACAGGGCCCCAAAGAGCAGCUUUGAGGUGGGCACCCUGUCUUCGCUGUCACUCUCCGAUGCCCAGCACUGGACGCAGGCCAAGGACAAAGGGGACUUGAGCGGGGAGCCUGCAGACCCGUGCACCAAGAGGUACUCUGGCAAUGGCGGGGAUGGCGGCGGUGCGAGGCCAGACAGCCUGGACGUGUUCAGCGAGAUGAACCCUCCGAGCGACAAGUGGGACAGCGAUGUGAGCGGGGGGAGAAGGAGGAGCUACGAAGGCUUCGGGGCGUACAGGGAGAGGGACGGCCAGGCCUUCAAGCUGAGCCGCAGGGAGAGAAGCUCUUAUGACUCCUCCCUGUCCCCAGAUUUAACUCCAAUCAAAAUUUCAACAAGCAGAUUUUUGGAACUUGAUAAGGUAAUUUUAAAACUCAUUUGGAAAGCCUAUGUGAGAGGUAAAGAAAUGGCCAAAAUACUCUGAAAGAAGAAAAGUUGGAGAAACUUACACUGCUAGAUACACCAACCCAAUUUCAUAUGGAUUACAUAAUUAAAUGUGAUAGUUGAAACUUUAAACUUUUAGAAAACACUUUAUAAUCUCAGGAUAGGAAAAUAUUUCUUCGGACAGAAAGUACAAGCCAUAAAGAAUUGACAAAUUUCACUAUCUUAGUGAAAAAUGUUUAUCAAAAGACAUAUAGAUAAUGUGGUAACCUAUCAACUGGGAAAAUAUUUGCAGUUCAUAUAACCAACAAAGGAGAAGGAGUCAUAAUACUUAAAGAACUCCUAUAAUAAGAAAAAGACAAGCAACCUGAUUUAAAAUAAUAGUAAUAAUCUGGAUAAAGGACAUGAAAAUGCAUUUCAGAUAAGACAGAAGAAAAAUGGCUAACAUCAUUUGUAAUAAGGAAAAUGCAGAUUAAAGCCACAUCUACCAGAUUGGCAAUAGUCAAAGUCUGAUACUAAUACCAAUGGUUAGAAAAGCUGUACACCACUUUUCAGUGGGCAUGAUCAUUUAGAAAACAAUUUGGCUUUAUACAGUAAGAUUAAAGAUGUAAGUCCUACAGCCGUUCUGUCCCUAGGUAUCUACUCUGGAGAAGACCUCACGUACAUGCACAGAAAAUAAAUACCAGAGUGCUCUCAGGGAAUAUUUUUUUGUAAUAACUAAACACUGGACACAGCUUGGGUGUCCACUGAUGGGAGAUUGGAUUUUUUAAAUGUGGGAUGUUCAUCCAAAGGAGUGCUAUUAGCAAAGAAAGCGAACAAGCCAGCCACAUCUCCUCACCAUGCAUAAAUCUCAGAAAUUGGAUGUUGACCAAGGAAAACAUGUGACUAUUUUCAUAAAGUUUGCAAGUAUGAGAAAACAAACAAUAUAUUUUUCAGGGAUCUAUCUAUCUAUCUAUCUAUCUAUCUAUCUGAUAAAACACAAGGAAGGGGAGGGUGAGCAAGGUUGCCUAUGUAUUUUCAUACAUUGCACAAGGAUAUCCAGCCAACAGGGUAAUUGGAGCUAAAAUCUAGUCCUUUAUAGCUACUCCCAAGCCUUUUACCCUGGUGUGAGCGAUGCAUCUUCAAUCCAAGGAAUGGGGACCCUUCUCAAGUUUACUCAAAAACACCACGUCAGGGAUGGAGGUCACGUACAUGGGAGCGUCAAAGGUGUUGGCGGUAUUCUGUGUCUUAAGUUGGGUGGUUGUACCUAAUUGGCCAUGUUAUUUACACUUUGUAAGUGUACGCAUUCCUGAAAUACACAUACACACACAUACACACACAACAUACAUAGAUAACUGUAUACAGUGUAUGCAGUUUAAAUUUAUGCACAUAUAUGGAAUAUACAGUACUAUAUUUGUAUAAGCUUCGUAUGUAUGCUGUGUGAUGUGUCUUCCAGUUUUUAAAAUUUGUAUAAAGUAUAUGGCAUUACAUUUUCUUAAUAUGACUAUUUUAUUAACUAAUAAAAGGAGAGUAAAUAAUGUAUUUCUUACGGUUAAUCACUGUUUCUCCUGGGGAAAUAGUAUACAUUUUGUAUUACAGAUUUAUCUGCACACGUGCAACCUUGCUAGCUGGUUUGAACUGAUCCUUGUCUACGGAGUGUGUUUUCCCAACUCUGAGACACCAGCGCCUAACGGGCCCAUCAUGCAGUCUGAAUGAGGUGACCCCAAGCACCCAGCACAGAGCUUAUGUUACGUGAAACAUCAAGUAGCUAUUGUCCUUGUCAUUCUUUCUCUCUCUCUAAAAAUAUUAACACUUAGUGGUGGUUAAGAACAACGUUUGCCUGGAAGAUGAAAAGUCUUCUCAAGACAGUUGCUCAGAGAGCUGCAAAUGAGAGCCUGCUCGCCCUGGUCCAGACUGUCAGAGAAGCCGGGCUCUCAGCGUACAACCCGAAUUCACGGAGAAGAGGGACUUCCCAUGCGGAGGUCAGGGGCCUGGACGGAAGCCAGCUUCUCCCCUUGGCCGCAUCCAGCUGGGCAGGCACCCCGGGGAGGUCCCUCUGUGGCCACGCCAGCACCAGCGAGAGAGCGCGGCACCCUGCCUCAGCCUCUGCUCCGUGGGGCGCUGACACCCCCACCCGUGAAGAUAAAUGGUUGGACUGACUCAGAACCUUCCCUUCCCUGUACGGCUUCGUCGUCUCUGAAGGGCUUUUCACACGUGCGGUCCCGUUUGUGCUUCUGAGCGCUGCUGCGAAGGAGGAGAGAGGACGGCAGAGGUUAGCAUCUCCACUUCAUAGGAUGUCGACCCUCACGUCCCGAGCGGUGAAACGACUCGCAAAGUCAGGCCGGUCUUCUUGCUCCUCCUACGGUCCUCUUCCUUCUCAGCCUGUGGAGGACUGGAUUCAGGAAGAAACGUAGGAGAAGCAGGGGGAAAGGGGGAAAGUUCAGGUGCCAGGUGAGGAAGGAGGGUGCAGGGAAAAGACUCACUGAGGAGCGGUGAGAGCUAGCGAGGCAGGUCCCGGCCAGAGAGCACCUCCCAGAGUGUCUCCUGGGAGCCCCGUCACCCACUCGGGGAGAGCAGAUUAGGACGAGGGGUGACACUGGCCGCAGGGAAGCAGCGUCCUCAGGGCUGAGCAGGCGUUCUUGAGGGUGUCUGGACUGGGAGUUGACACUUCGGUCUCCCUGCCAGAACCUCCUCUUCGUUCUCUUCUUCACUGCAGCCCCCACUGGGCAAGCAGCAUCCACCCAUGUGAUGCUGGCUGACCACCCAGCUCUCUGAAUAGGCAUCUCUAGCACCCUACGGGCAUCACCCACAGCCACCUUGACCUCGGGAUGGGCCAGCCGACUCAGGACCCCACUCAGCUGCCAGCACACACACCUUGCACUGCUGGCACUAACAGAGGUCUGACGCUCGGCCUGUUCGCCAGUUGGCUCCCGGCUCUAAUCCUUAAGUGUUGCCGCAUUGCCACUGUGAGGCUGCUUCUUCCUGUGCAACAUUUUUUUGCAAAGUUCUAGCCAAGCCCUGGCAAGAUGCAACUGCAGACAAGAAAAAACAGUCUCCCCUGAGGUGGAGGUCAACAUACAGUGGUGCAAUUCUUGGAAUCUCAAGACUGAGUUUUUUUUAAACUAACAAUUUGAUCUCCAUUGCCUUAGCGUAAAUUGGAAAUGGAUACCAUAUCUUUAAUGCUAAUUAGGCAUUGCGUUAUUUAGUCUUCCAGGCCUCAUGUAAAUAACAAUUAGCAAUAAUUUAGCUGUACGUGCUGGCAUCUCUAAGCCAUACCAU